AUGGACCUGUCCGCUUGUAGAAGUUGCUUCUGUCACAACUCUCAACCGAAUGAAGAACCAAUGGUGUCUCAAGAGUGCCAAAAUAUAGUAGUAUCGUAUCCUGGACCAAGUUCUGCCAACAACAACAGUUCUGGAGACGAUGCAGUAGCACCAUCCAAGAACUGCUAUAGAUUAGUCGUACUAGGUUCAUCCAGGGUUGGUAAGACCUGCCUUGUAGCAAGAUUCUUAGGCCAUAAGUAUACGGACGGUUACACACCAACAAUCGAAGACUUUCAUAGAAAAAUAUAUAGAAUUAGAGGUGAAAUAUAUCAACUAGACAUUUUAGAUACUUCUGGAUUUCAUCCGUUUCCUGCCAUGAGAAGGUUAUCAUUUUUAACAGGUGAUAUUUUUGUCAUCGUAUUUAGUAUGGACAGUAGAGAAAGCUUUGAAGAAGCUGCCCGACUUAGAGAGCAGAUAUUGGAAACGAAGGUUAACGCCUUAGCUUCAACCGGCGGAGGAGUGGGAUUAACCAGAAAAAAGACUUUACCACGUGUACCUAUGGUAUUUGCCGGAAACAAAUGCGACAGGGACAUGAAGACUGUAACCGUUGAAGAAGCUCAAGCAUAUUGUGAUAGUCAAGACGCGUCGUGUACAUUCGUAGAAGCAUCGGCCAAGAAAAACUUUAGAGUGGAAGAAGUGUUUUACCAAUUGUUUUUAGUAGCCCACUUACCGUUGGAGAUGGCGCCCAAUCACCACAAACGGGUAAGCGCUAGCUUUGGAUCCCCCAGUCCAUUACCGCCACCUACGCCAGUUCAUCAGAGUAAAAAAUAUCAUUUAUCUGUAAAAAGGAAACUUAGCGAUGCGUUAGGGGUAGUUACGCCAAAUGCGAGAAGACCCAGUAUAAGGACUGAUCUUAUGAUCAUGAGAAACAAGACUUCCAGGCGAGGAGACAACUCCGGAGCUUCUAAUAAUAAUUCUAAAUGGUGGAAGAAAAGUGGCGACGUCUGUAAUUUACAGUAA